AUGACCGCCUCACAGAAAACACCCUCCGUACACGAUGCUUCAGUCAAAAGCAGUGAUUCAGCAUCACCCACGUUAACAUACCACCGCAGGCCGACAUUGCAGAUACCUCUUCCAAUUCUUGACAUCAUCUACUCCACUGCUGGGGGUGCCCACUACUCUGGAGCGCCUGUGUCUGAGAAUGACGACCAAGUUGUUACGUCUCCUGGAGAGCCCAGCCCACCCAUGGAUGACACGACUCGGGAUCGCAUUAUGGCUGAUCUGAGGGAGCUCUACUGUUGUCGGGCGUCAAAAGAGAUUUUUGAAAGAACUUGGAGGCCCGAUGCAGUUUUCGAGGAUCCUUUGGUUAAAUGCGAGGGUUAUGCGCAAUAUGCUCCCCAGCCAAGGAUCUUUUCAAAAUCAGAGACAGUCUCUAGUCGGGUCAUGUCGUUCACGCGCUUCCCGAAACGUCUCAUCUACUCGCAAACGCAAGAGUAUACUCUCCGGUACAUAGGAACCGUGAAACGAAUUGAAUCUAUCAUUGUCGUGGAUUUAGAUGAUGACGACAAGAUAAUACGUAUGACAGACCAGUGGAACGGGGAGGCUUUGUCAUCCUGGUUCGGUGUCAAUCUCCUCAGACGCGCAAAUGCCCUGGUCACGCCAUGGUUCGUUGGCGCACCCAGAACUUGA